AUGAGAAUUGGCAGAACGAUCACGGUAGUGGCCGCGCUGGCCUCAAAUGUAGCUGCCAUUGGUUUCGACUUCAACGUCCAGAUCCCCCUCGAUGGCAAGACUUUAAAGGAGCAGCACCAGCCCGAUAGGAAGAGCAGCCGGCCUAACAUCAUCUUCGUUCUUACAGAUGAUCAAGAUGUACACAUGAACUCGUUGGAUCACAUUCCUCUAAUCAAAGAGCGCCUCAUUGAUCAGGGAACGCUCUAUAAGCGCCAUUUCUGCACUACUGCCGUCUGUUGCCCUUCACGUGCUUCCUUGUGGACGGGCAAGCUUGCACACAAUACCAAUGUGACAGAUCUCUUCCCGCCUUAUGGUGGAUUUCCUAUUUUUGUGAAGAACGGCCACAAUGAGAAUUAUCUUCCCGUAUGGCUACAAGACGCUGGCUACAAGACUUUCUAUGCCGGAAAGAUGUUCAAUGCGCAUACGAUAUGGAAUUAUGAUAGCCCCCAUCUCAAGGGGUGGACAGAAUCUGACUUUCUGCUUGAUCCAUCCACCUACGACUACUGGAAUGCUACAUUCCAGCGCAACAAGCAGGCGCCUGUGAACCACGAGGGAGAGUACUCCACAGAUGUUCUUGCAUCCAAGGCAUACGACUUCCUUGAUGCUGCCGCCGAAGCUGGAGAGCCCUUUUUCCUGGCCGUUGCGCCCAUUGCCCCCCACAGCCAUAUCAACAGUUCCAAUCUCGUUGGUGACAUUGAUGACCUGGCUCCUGGUGUCAAACUGGCCGAUUACCCUCAGGCUGCAGCCCGCCAUCGCCAUCUUUUCAAAGACGCCAAGGUCCCUCGAACGGAGAGCUUUAACCCUGACAAGCCUUCAGGGGCUGAUUGGAUCCGUCGACAGCCCAAGCUCUCUGAAGCGAACAUCGAGUACAACGAUGGCCACUACCGUGGCCGGCUGCAAGCUCUCCAGGCUGUUGACGAACUUGUCGAUGGCCUUUUUGAGCGACUGGAGAAGCACGAUAUCCUUGACAAUACAUACAUUUUCUACACCACCGAUAAUGGGUACCACAUUAGCCACCACCGGUUGCAGCCAGGAAAAGAGUGCGGCUACGAGGAAGACAUCAAUAUUCCCUUGAUUGUGCGAGGGCCUGGAGUACCGAAGGGGGCUGUUACCGAAGCAGUAACCGCCCAUGUUGAUCUUGUCCCUACAAUCUUGACAUUGGCUGGUGCACCUCUCAAGGCAGACCUGGAUGGCUCGCCAAUUCCUCUGUUCCCGGAGGAGUUUGGUUCUGAAGCUGCUCUUCGUCGUGAGCAUGUCAAUGUAGAAUACUGGGGAUGGGCUGCUGGCGAGGGUCUUUUCGGCUUUAACGGAGUCAAUGAUACAAAGAUACAGAACAACACAUACAAGGCAUUGCGUGUCGUUGGCGGCGAGGAAGGGAACCGAUAUAACCUGUAUUACUCUGUCUGGUGCACUAAUGAGCACGAGCUAUACGACAUGACGAACGACCCUGGCCAGUUGACCAACCUGUUGCACCCCGAUGAGGCGGAAGCGGCAGCUGGUGCUACUAUCCUAGGCUUCCCUCUCAGUAAGGUUGUUCCACGACUAGACGCUCUUCUCCUUGUGCUGAAGUCCUGUAAGGGCUCUACGUGCUCUCUCCCAUGGAAAUCUCUACACCCAGAGGGCGACGUUACUAGCCUGCGUGAGGCGCUUUCGCCUGUUUUUGACCAGUUCUAUGAGACACAGGCACGGGUUGAGUGGUCAUGGUGCAACCUGGGACAUGUAGUGGCAGCAGAAGGUCCUCAGUUUGAGACAGACGGGCAUGUAUACUGGAAGGGCACGGGAUGGAGCGAGUGGACAUAA